UCCUGCUUAUCCCGCCAUUCCUUCUACCAACUCUACACGCGUUGUUACUCUCUGUCAAGUAUACGAAAUAAACAGAGUUAUAAUGUCUGACGCUGAGGUUAAGAAUAACGUUGAGGGAGAGGCCCCCACUGCCGAGGAGCUGAAGGCUGCCAAGAGGCCAGCAGAGGAUUCUGAAACAGAUCCCAAGAAGCAGAAGACUGAGAAUGGAGAUCAUGAAGAGGAUGGAGGUGAGGAGGAGGAGGAGGAUAUUGAGGAUGAAGAUGAGGAGGGAUUAGACGAUGAGGAUGAUGGUGAAGAUGAGGGAGAAGGCGAAGAGGGAGAGGGAGAAGAGGAUGAGGGCGAGGAAGAUGAGGGUGAAGAGGAUGAAGGAGAAGAUGGAGAAUAAAUCUACUUCUUAACCCCUCAAAGGGGCUCUUUGGACUCAAGUGAGCAAUUAACCUUCCCCCUCUCAGGGACCACUACACCUUCAGCCAUUUUAGUCAUCUACUAUUUAGUGUGAUGGUCCCUGAGGGGUUGUAUCAAGGCUGCCAGCCUUCUUCACUCAGGGGGCUUUGGCACCCCUGUUUUCCCUGUGUCAAGGGGGUUAUCAACCCCUAAAUUCUCCUGGACUCAAAAGAUCUCCUUAAACCUUAGAAAGGGUGGAAACCAGAACACGAAGAGAAACGGGAUCAAAAACAAACAAUCGUUGCCACACUUUCAUGAAUUUUGUUUUGAUCUGUUUUUAACAAUAAAUUACACAAUUUCACCCCAGAAUGACGUUUCCCCUCAAUAUAUAUAUUCACCCCU